UUAGAAAAGAGCCACCACGAUGCCGACCGGGGCUUUUACGACGGAAAACAGACGGUAACGAUCGGAUGAACGUUCCACCGUCGAGACACUCGAUAUGUUCGACACGCAGAAGGAUGCUGUGGUGAACUGUCGUACCAAUGUUUAAAAAGCGGGAUCCUCCUGCUCUUUAGAUGUCCGGAGCCUGUUCAUGGCUUCUAAGAAGAAGCAGAAAGGAAUGGUGUUCCAUCAGGAUGGGGCAACCAGCCCUGCAGCCGCACCUGCUGCCGAUCAUCCACCUGCAUGCUUCGCUGUUCCCAAACCAGGGAAGGCGAGCGAAGGCGGGAUGGAAAAAAACACCCAUGUAACCAAAGAAGAGGCAGAUAUGAUGUGUAAACCCAACAGGUACCCAUCAAAAGAACCCAUCAGGACUUCUGAUGGACUUCUUGGUGGGAAACAGCCCGCCAGUUCAAACCCUCAGCCAGACAACCUGUCACCUGACAGCAUCUGCAAAGGCAUCAAAGUGACGCUGGACAACAACAACAUGUGGAACGAGUUUUUCAGAUGCAAAACAGAGAUGAUUAUGACUAAACAGGGAAGCAGGAUGUUCCCUUACUGCCGCUUUCGGAUUUCCGGCUUGCAGCCAUGUAGGAAGUACUUUUUGCUCAUGGACAUUCAGCCGUUGGACAACAGUCGAUACAAGUGGACCGGCAAGAGCUGGCAAGUUGCUGAAAAGGCAGAGUGUCACGUAAAGAGUCAACCAUUCGCUCAUCCAGAGUCGCCAUCAACGGGUCAACACUGGAUGCAGAAUCCAGUAUCCUUUUACAAACUGAAGCUCACAAACAGCAUCUCGGAUCAAGAGGGGAACGCCGUCCUGCAUCCGAUGCACCGCUAUUUGCCUCGACUGCACGUGGUCCAAACUGACAAAGCUGCAAAAGACAUAAAGCUAAAUGGUCCCACUGUUGUCACAUUCACUUUCCACCAGACAGAGUUCAUGGCAGUCACUGCUUACCAGAACUCAAGGUUCUCUCAGCUCAAAGUCGACUACAACCCGUUUGCUAAAGGACUGAAGGAGGAGGGCUCCGGUUCCUGUGGCCUGAAGCUAAAAUUGAUCUCUGGCAAAGACUCUCGCAAAGAUGGAGGCAUGACGGCCAACGAGCAACAUCCCAUGAAGAAGAGCUUGAAGUCUUUACUUGCAAACCAUAAACCUAGAAGCUCCAAAGCCGUGGACGCAAAGCUUUUGGUGUCUGGUGACCCCCACAAGAAUUCCACUACAAACGAAGAUCAAUCAGCUGCCAAUGUUUCUGGGGAAAGUUUGUGGUAAGAGUUCAGCUUUGACAAUGAAGAUGGCAUUUUCUUCUUUCAAAUUCUUUGUACCAAAUGUCACGUUUGCAAGAAAGUACAAGAUUGAAGACUGUUUAAAAGUCUGUGGCCAUAUUUGGGAAUAUAAGUAUUGUUUCUUGUCUUUGCACUAGGAGUUUGUGUCUUUCCCUCUCAAGAUGAUUCAGUACGUAUCUCGAUAGAUGGUCUGCAUGUCAACAUCACCUGACCUCUUGGAUUAAGUCAGGAAACAACUUUCACUAGUCUAGAUUAGUGAGAUGGAGGGUGCUAUGAAGAACGGUGUAUCUCAUGUAUCCAUAGUAAUUCUGUCCUCUUUCUGCACCGCAGCGUUAACGGUUAUGACUUACAACUAUCCCUAAGAUACAACUUUCCACUAUAAUGGUUUCUUUGCAUAUCCAUACGAACGCCCUGUUCUCACCUACAACCUGCAGUUUACAGGUGUAUUUAGGGUUUUUAUUCUGUCCCCACUACACUGGUGCACGACUAAGUAGUUAUUUUGCCAGGCAAAGUCUUUCCACACAUUGUUUUUAAGUCCCGGUAGGUUUGAAGUUACAUCAUAAUGAAUGGAAAAGCCAUCCACCAAGAGGAUCAGCUUCUUCCUCAUUGGCUUUAAGUGAUUUUACAUAGUUAAGUUGGAGCUAAAAACUCAGCUGCUAACUCUUGUUUCCCCAGGCAAUAGAAACAAACGUGAUUGGUUGUCGCUCAACUCGGAAGACAUUUGAACAAAGUUGAACCUUCACUGUUGCAUGGUUUUGAAGUUUGAGUUUCCACGAGACCUGUUCCUUAGUGGCAACACCAAACAUUAGUCAGAGGUAGGGUUGCAACGGAUCACAAACCUCACAGUUCGGUUCUUGAGUCACGGUUUGGAUAAUUUUUCGGAUCAGCAAAGAAAAGGG